AGUACCUCCAGGUUUUACUCAGCCGCCUCCUCUAACAGCUAAUGACUGUGAACUACCAUCGAAUGUUCUCGAGCACUGACGGGAAACUGUUUGCAUUCGCUAGGAUCCUCUUUAGAUGGAAAGCAAGUAUCUGGAAGGCCGUAUACGUACAGUUGUUAAUUUUCCUGGCAGUCGCCGGAACAAUCAGCGUCGUCUAUCGUGCAGUGUUCGACAGACAACAACAAAUGCUAUUCGACUCGUUCGCAAUCAAACUGCAACAUUAUGUGAGGGUGAUUCCCCUGGAACUGGUGCUGGGAUUUUUCUGUACACAAGUUUUCAAUCGGUGGACUAUACAAUACCAUAACAUAGGAUUUAUCGACAAUGUCGGUCUCAUGACGGCCUUAUACGUUAGAGGGCGAGAUGAAAAAGGAAGGCUCUACAGAAGAAAUAUCAUUCGCUACUGCGAGCUUGUGCAGGUUGGGAGAGAUGUCAGUAUGAGAGUACGACGACGAUUUCCAACAAUGGACACCAUUGUUGCUGCAGGCUUUUUGAUGCCCCAUGAAAAAGAGCUUCUCGAAAAAUUGGAGACGCCAAAUACACCGAAUUAUUGGAUACCGGCAAACUGGGCACUGGAGAUGACAUAUCAAGCUUGGAAAGAUGGCCACAUUGACAGUGACUAUUACAAGUCCAUAUUGGAAAAAACUAUAAUGAAAUGGCGCACUGAUUUACAAUGGGUUAGCAACCAUGACUGGGUGCCACUUCCUCUCAUGUAUCCUCAAGUCGUAUGUCUGACGGUUCAUCUCUACUUUGUUUUCUGUGUGCUGUAUCGUCAAUCGACAGUAGAAGCGAAAGGCGGCGACCUCGAUGUCUGCAUCCCAAUUAUGACAAUUCUGCAGUUCAUACUAUACAUGGGAUGGAUGAAAGUGAUAGAGGCUGCACUCAAUCCUUUUGGAGAAGAUGACGAUGAUUUUGAAACAAAUGAACUUAUUGACAGAAAUAUUACGAUGGGUAUGAUGAUGGUAGACCAAGGAUACAACAACCCUCCCGAUUUGCGUCCAGAUCCCUUUUGGGACGAUGCUCAACAGCCUCUCUACUCAGAAGAGACAUCACAACUUCGUGUUAAUCGACCGCGAGGAUCUAUUUGUGGAAUUAGAUUGCCAAGUGAAGUUACUGUAGUGAGGAUGAUGCCACACUUUGCUAGUGUAAGAAAUCGGUUGCUUGAGAAGAGAGCGACACAUGUCAAAGUAAAAGAAGAAGAACGAGAACCAACAAAAACUAUUCAUUGGAUCUUUACCGUUUAUGCCAAAAUUCUUCAUUUGUGCACAUCAUUAGUGCAACUUCUGAUGCCGUGGAGGUACCGAAAACGUCACAGGGUAUCAAAACGCUCAAGCACCGAUUCCAUCUCGGCUCAUAAGGAGAAUAGUACCCUUGCUUUUCCCGCCAGUUACCAGUCGUUUAAGGACAAUCAAGAAGACCGGGUCUAAUGACGAUCAAACUGACUAAUCGCUAUUUUUGUUGUCUGAAGUGAAAAAAAAUGGAAUUUGCUCAGAUUUACAUCCGAGAAGCUUGGUCAGGGCCUGGCACCAGCUGGCACGGGGCAAGCUGAAUAUCGUUUUUGGGGCAAAAAGCAAAGGGGGUUUCGUUUUUGUGGGCAAACAUAUACG